AUCAUAGUUGGUUGAAAGGCAUGAAAGUGCGGACUACACCGUCGAGUAGACCGUGUUUUAUUCGCGUAUGUCAUCAAAACAACUGGCGAUCCAAUGACAUUUUCGGAAGUUUUUAAUUGCGAUUGACAUACUAAUAAGGUAUAUUUGUGAUUUUUUGACUUAAAAGAUAUUGAAGUUGUGGUUUAACUGUGAUUGGUGUCUAGUUUCGUGAUAAAAUUUGCAAUUUGUUGACUGACGUUGGAUUUUACUACUAGACUCAAAGGUCGUGUACCUAGAUACUGCAAAUCUGCAGGAACAAGCCUAGUCAAAACAAUAAACAGCUAGUUAUCACAAAUUUGUGCCAUAUAUAUUAACUAUUUAUUCUUAAAAUGCCAGGGAAAUAAGAAAAUUCCAAUGGCUUUGAAGCUACGAAAAGAUAUAAAAAAAUCCAGUUACUACGUUUGGUUUCUUGGUGCUAAAGAAUCGAAAGGAUUAAGAGGAACUGAAUACAUAGUACCGGUGAUCAAACAUUUGGAAGAACGCGAAAAAGACAUAGAACCUUUCAAAGUAACCCUCCAAGUAUCACAUAAAGGUCUUAAGAUAAUACAAAAUGUAGUUUCGCAGAAUCAAAAAAAUUCCAAACCUAAAAACGAGACAAUCAAACAUUUUAUUCCUCAUAAUACUAUAACAUGCGUAUAUCAACAAGAAGACGUCAUAGCUUGUAUUUUGUUAUUAUUCAAUCCUGUAACGAAAUGUCCGUUACACGUUCACGCAUAUAGAUGUGACAGUUUGGAAACUGCUACUUUAUUAAAAAUCCAACUGCAAACUUUAAUAGAGAGACCUGAAAAUCAGAAAAAGUUUGCCGAGAUUGAGAGUAAAUUGAAGCCACAAAAGGAGCUUAAAAAAGUUGAUAGUAGUAUAGGAAGUGACACAGGAACGAGUACAAGAGAAAGUGAAAGCAGCGAAGAAAGAUACGCCGUUGAAUCAACACGAGUAACAACGUUAUACGAUUCCGUCGCUGCCGAGCUUCGUGCUAAAUUAGGUAAAAAGAAUUCCCCCAUUCUUUUACCUCCUCGUGACUACGAUACUGUACACAGAACAAAAGGAAAUUUGACAGGUAUCGAAUUAAGACGAUGUCUCAAUGCCAACAUUGUAGGGCAGAAUGUGAAAGGAAGACGGAUUGAAAGUAGCGGAGGAAGUUCCGGAAUUGGUUCUGAUCAUCCACCUAGUCCAGAAAGUCCGGAUGCGCCUGAUUCUAGAUUUAAUACAUUGGACAAUCAGAGUACUAGUGAUGAAGAUUGGAAUGGAGAUCCAGCAGAAUCAACAAUAUAUUUAAUGCACCAACCCGCUCAAAUAGCUAGCUCAAAACAAUCCAGAGACAAGUCUCCAGACAAUAAUCAAAGGUUCUCCAGAUAUGCAGAAUCUCACUCACCAAAAUAUGAAGAGUUGAACUUUAGAUCAAGUAAAAAUGUCAGAGAUGAAACUCAAAAGUAUCUGGAAAAACCAAUUUCCAAAUACGCUGAUAACAAAUUUUUGGAGCGUCAGAAAAGUUUGGAAAAGGAAAUGUUCGCUCACAAAAAGUUCGUAGAUCGACAGAGAAGUUUAGAAAAAGACGUGGGUAUUCAAAGGGGUUUUGAGCAAGAUAGACGUUCGGGAAAUUUCGAAAAGAGCGACAAGUAUGGUGAAAAAAGAUAUUAUUAUCAAGGAGAAGAUUCUAGAGAGAAAUUUGACAGGUUUUAUGAAUCUGAAAAAUCACGACAGGCGAACGAUGAUUUCUCUCCCCGAAAGGAGAAAUCAAAACAACAAAAAUACUUUGAAGAUGAUGGUUUCGAUGAAAAUAUGAGAUACAGAAAUAAAUCGACAGAUUUUGAAAGAAAUCGAUCUCGUUAUACUUACGAGGAAGAAGAAUAUUUUGACAAUAGACAGUAUAAAGAACCAUCAGCACCGAAAAUUCGACAAAGAUAUCCAUCAGACGAUUCCAAAUUCUACAAAGGAACAUUCAGGUCUGAUGGAAGUGAUCCAAAAAGUCCAACAAGAAGUUCCCCUGAUGAUUCUAGAUAUUAUACAGAACCAGAAAUAAAGCCUAGAUCCCUUUCUCGGCCUUCCCAGAAAGACAACUAUUCUAAAUCUCGCAGUGACCGUGAAGAAAAAUCUGUAAGAUCACAAGAACUUUUUGAAGAUCAUAGAAAGAUAGGGCAAUUCAGAUCGCCUACUCCUAGUUCGGAUGAUAUAAAAGCUCCUAGUGACAGAUUUAAGAAUGCUAAGGAAAAAUUCAUGUUAAUGGAGAGAGAAAGAUUGGAGAUCGAAAGAAGAAGACCAGAACCUCCAAUUUCUCCAACUAACGUUAAAGAAAAACCUUUUUCUAAGAGGUAUAAUGAUUCUGGUUAUCCAAAUGAUAGAGAAAGAUAUUUCAACGAUCACAGAGGACACCAUUUAGAAGAUCCAAAACCUACUCCAGCACCAAGACACAUCUCCGAAGAAGUUCGUUAUAGAGAACGAAACAGAGAAAUGCAUCGAGACAGAGAUCCUCAAAUGGACAGAUAUCGCCAAACUGACAAAUUCGAUCCAAAAAGAAGAUCAAUGUUUUCGUUAAUCGAAGAAGAGCACAGAAAAAAUUCGAAUGAAAUAGCGAAGGAAUUGAAAAGGAGAUCGUACAUGGACAGUGGAGGAUACGAUGAAGACAUUGAACGAUUGAAUCGAGAUCGAGAUAGACAUUUCCAAGAAUUACCGGAAUCUGACAGAUUUUUAGAUGGAUACUCAAAGUCUAGUAUAGAGAUUGAUAAAGUUGGUGAGAUGAAAUUUGAUCAAAAGUUCAUUAAAAACCAGAAACAAGUUAAGAAUUCAGCCGGAUAUAGACACAGCUAUGUCGAACCGAAAAUGAGAAUGGAUAAAAAUACUAAGAAACAUUUAUCGGAGAUGUUGCACAGAACCAACAGUUCUGUAGGAAAUAAUGGACGUGUAGGAAUAGCCAGCGUUCAUCCAUAUUAGUAAAAAAAGGAAUUAAUAACUGAUGUAUGAAAUUUUUGGUGACGGUCUGGAGUCGAUAAAUGUGUUUGUAUAUUAUUUAUACUAAGUUGUUAGUACUUGCCUGAACACAGGUAACUGCUCAAGAGUAUUUAUAAAGAAAUUAUUGUUUUGGGCAUACGUAUCUUUGAGAGAUUAGUCAGAGAAAUGUCAGUUUGGGUAAAUAAUGAGAAAAUUGCAUAAGUAAUAUAAAUAUCUGAGUGCUUCCACAGUUUCUUUAUUUUCAUUAACUGCAUUGCUGUGAAAAUAUAUGUUUUUCUGGAAAUGAUCAAACUUCAGUUUGAUUGUAUGUACCUACAUAAUUCAAAAAUUAGAGAAAUUCGAAUUCGCCAAGCUCUUACCUCAUAGUUAAUCUCCUUCUGAACUCUUCUACUAUUUCUCUUGAAUUGUAUUGAAAUUUGAUAAAAGAGCUUAAACUAAACAAAAAUAUGGAACAUACCUUUGAUGAGGUUGAGUUUUUCAUAAUAACACAUUAUGAAUUCACUAUUUAGAAGCUUUGAGCAUUGGGCAGCAAAUUAAAUGCCUGUGCCACAUCUACUACACUCUUUAUUAAGUUGUACGGAUGGAAUUGAUACAGGAAUUUGAAAUUUCAUGCUUAUUGUGAUGUGUCUGGAGAAUCAAACCAAGGUUUCUUUUGUACGCUUCUCUCAACAAAAUCGAAUAUCAUUUUGUUCAUGAGAACAUGGUUAAAAAUUUGAUACCUUCCAGUUCAAUAGGAAAUAGACAAAUUCAAUUAAGAAAUAAGUAGUAGCAUCAGAAAAAUAUGGUACGGUUUACAUAUCUAUAAUCAAACUAGAGUUAAAGGAAUUAACAUAUGAAAUGAUCGACAAUAUAAGAAUGGAACUGUUCUUACGUUUAGGUACGCAAUAAUAAAUGGAGAAAAUUGAAUUACCGGAACCCAUGAUAACAGUUCAAAUUAAUAAUAAGAGCGUCACUUAGUUGCUUAAUCAUCUUAGCAAAGUAUCAUGAUGUUGUUGUUGAUAUUGAUCAAUCAAAAUGAUCAAAGAAUGAUCAAUAGAUGUAGUGUACAGAUCAAAUUUAUUGAUCAAAAUAGUUUCAAAAAUAUUGAUAGAAUCAGUGUAAUAACGAAUUUAUUGUUUCGAAAUAGGCAUCUGUUUUAUGACUACUUCAUUCGAUUCCUCUUCCUUUGGUGAAAACAGCCAGAUCUGGAGAAUGUGUUGGGUGCGAGAGCUAAUUGAAUUUUUCUAUUGCUUUUAUCAAAUUGAACGUGGUAUGAGGCAUUGUUUUGGCGAUAAAGGAUAGUCUCUUCUGCAUAGGGCUAUAACCUAGUCCAUUAUUACGUUUCUGUUAGCUUCAGACUAUAGUGUUGAAUACAGGUUCCAUCCACGAUCAGAUCGAUUGUAUUUUGACUUAAAAGCUCUAUUUAACGCUCCAAAUCAUCAGAUUAUUGUUGUUUUUUUUCCAUUGCGAGGAAACGCAGCAUUCAUUUGGAAAGAAUCUUUUUUAGGCACAAAGAAUAAUGUAAAAUUCAUAUAUCUUCGUAAUGCAUACUAUCUUUUUUAAGUUUACUAUAUGGUCUUCAAACCGUGAUUCUAGCAACUCUAUACUCUUGAAGAUGCAAAUGCUUGAUCAUAUUCGGCGCUCUUAAAACCACGUUUGAGUUUGGUAUGUUGGUCAGUUAUGGUGGAUUUUCCUAGAAAAAAGUCACUGUUAUACUUCCCAAAACAAGCCUUCAUCUCAACGGUAUAGUUUGGUUCAAAUGCUUAAUCAGAACAAAGAACUCUUUUUACUAUUCUUUUUAACUAUCCUUUAAAUGUUGGUAUAACAAGGGAAAAUAUAAAAAUGUGAUUUGUUGUUGGAAUGUGAUGUAAUGACUUUCAACUCUAAUCAGAUAUUAGAUGGCUUUUCUUAUUGGGACGGAAAAAUAUUAAGUCAUUAAAUCUACAAGUGAUAGUACAGGAGCCUUAUCUUAUAUAGUGGACAAGGAAAAGAAGAUGCUUUUACAAAUAAAAAUCAAUUAUGAAAGAAAACUACUUUGGGGAGGCUAAUAUUAUAUGAAACUAUUAAGCUAAUGAAUUAGGUAUAAGAUAACAAUGCAUUUUCCAAUAUUCUGAUCAAAAUUAAUAAGAUGAGAUUGUCUCAAAAUUAAGCGUUUGUUUUUCUACAAAUUUCACAUUUGUCUUAAAGUUGACACAAACUGAUUUACUUUCCUUUUCCUCCAAAAACUGAGUUAUAACGUUUUUAUUGUUGCUAGAAAAUGUACACACCCUUUGUACUAUUACUCCAAUUGAAGAAUGGUAAGAUUCAUUGCAGGAAACUUUCGCACGAAUAACAUAAUACUCUUGUGAUUUCUUGAAGAAUCAAGGAAGAUGGUUCAGAAUUAUUAAUUUCAAAUGAAUUUGUUUGGAUUCACUCCUUUAUAUGGUUAAUUAGAAUAGUUCUACAAAAAAUAUCUUCUCUAUACAACAAGUGAAAGGUUAGCAGAACCAAGAAAAUCCUAACACUCACGGAUAAUAGGUUCAAAACUGGUGCUUCUCGGUUCUUGUGAAAUGUAGAGGUAGGUUUGUCUGGAUAAAGUAUUUUGACGUUUAAAUAUUGGAAUAAUGAUAGUUAUGAAUCAAUAUCCAUCGCUUCAUAUUUAUCUUUUGUUAAGUUAAAUGUAUCUGUUAUAGAAUCUACUUUUGACAGAGCCUCAAUUCCUUGAAGAAAGAAA